UUCGUUGAGAGAACAUUUUACUUGAUUUCAAUUAAAAAUGAUCAUAAAAAUUGUACAAGUCGCUCUAGUUGUAACGAUGUGUCGUUUAAUUCACACUUGCUAUGAUCAGCAUAACGUGUUGGCAUAUGAUGCUUUCUCUCAGGUCCUAUCGAUUGGUUGCCAGCGUUUGCAACACGCAAGAACGAUUCGACAAGCCCGAUGCAUACAUAACUGGAGCUCCGUUAGCCUGAGCUGCUUAUUCUCUUGUGAUAAUCGUGAUUACAUACAAUUUAGUGAUUGCACUUAUGUUUCAAUAUAUGACGCUAACUUACUGCCUUAUUGUCUGGAUCUACGUUGCCGAAAAGCGAUAACGAAGACAAGAUGUAGAGGAUUCGAUGCAUCAACUUUAAACCCGGUUAAUUUGGAGGAUAAGAGUGAGAGAACAAUGACCAAGAUUGAUGAGAAUAAUCACGAGACAGAUGAAACCUAUGAAACCUAA